AUUUUUAUUUUUAAUGGGCUGCUUAUUUUUUAAGAAUGCUGUAGACAACUUACAACCUCCAAAAAAAUAGUUUUUUGAAUUUCAAAUGAAGGACAUUGAUGGAGUGGAUACUUCUUUAUCAAAAUUCAAAGGUAAAAAAGCUUAUAUUUGUGUCAAUGUUGCAUGUUCAUGUGGUUUAACAUCUAGUAAUUACAGUGAAUUAGUAGAAUUAUACAAAAAAUAUAGGUAUGUACUGCAUUAUUAUUAAAAGUUCACAAGGAUUAGAAAUUUUAGGUUUUCCUUGUAAUUAAUUCAUGAAUUAAGAAUCUAAACCUGAACCCGAAAUUAAAGAAUAUGUAAUCUAAAAAUACGGAGUUUCAUUCCCAUUAUUUUAGUAAUAUAUUGCAGCAUAUUUAGAAAAAUUGAAGUAAAUGGACCAAAUACUCAUGAAUUAUAUUAAUAUUUGAGAUUAAAUUCGAAUAACUUAAGAGUUAAUGAAUCCUAAGCUCGAUAAGUACCUUGGAAUUUUGGAAAGUUUUUGCUUGAUGGUCAAGGAAAUGUCGUUGCUUUUUUUCAGCCAACUCAAAAGCCAAAUGAAAUGAUGCCAUAAAUAGAAAAAUUGCUAAGUUAAUGA